AUGAAAUCAUUAUAUAUUUUUUUCCUCUUAGCUGUUCUAAUCUUUACCGACUCCACGCCAGCCAAUGCAACGUCUCUUCAUAGAUGUGUGUUUAAAGUAGGAGAAAAUCCCUUGAACUUGCCUACUAAGGCGACCGGUAUUCCAUCUGGUUUGAGGGCUGGUUACAAUCGCAACACAAUUAACGGUAUUCUCGAAUUUACGCGGUUUAAUGACAAGAAAUUAUUUAUUGGCGGCUUUAUUGAUCUCGAUGGCGUGGGUGGAAUUGAACUCAUCUACGAUCUUCACGUGGCUCGGUGUAGCACAAAAACCAGCGCCGAACCUGGAGACCCUGCCAUUAUCGACUUGGAUGGUGAGUCUUUUGACACACCGAUCGCCACGACUAUCAACAAACCUCUACCGAAGCUCGAUGCCAAUACCGACUGUUGCUUUGUCGUAGAUGAGUUUGCUGCUACGGAGAGAAUUUUAGGAGUCGCAAGAUUACAGCAAAUAUUUUAG